AGAGGGCGGGGCUGGUGCGCGCUUGCGCUAAAAGAGGGUACGACCGCGGCGCGAGCGAGGGGCGGGGCUUCCAGGACGGUGGCCCGGAGGUGCCGAGUAGCUCGCGAGCUCCGGUCGGGACUGGGGUGACAGCCGGCAUGGAGUACUUGGAGCGCUGCGCUUGGCUCCUCCGAGCUACGCUAGUGCGGGCGGUCGUGCGACGGCACCUGUCUUGGGCGUUACUUGCCCUCAUGCUGGGAGGCUCCCUGGUCAAAGAGCUCUUCCCGCUGCCCCCGAGCUACCUCAGCAACAAGCGCAACGUCUUCAACGUGUAUUUUGUCAAAGUGGCCUGGGGAUGGACCUUCAUUCUCCUCUUGCCUUUCGUUGCCCUCACCAACUAUCAUCUGACAGGGAAGGCCACUGUGGUCCUCAGGCGGCUGUGUAUACUUCUUGUGGGGACAGCGAUCUGGUAUGUCGGUACAACAAUCUUCUUGCACGUUGAGCACUACACAGGCAGCUGCUACAAAUCACCCUCCUUGGAAAGUAUCCAAAGGGAGUAUAACAGCAAGGAGGAAUGUCGUAAAGGUGGCGGAUUCUGGCAUGGCUUUGACAUCUCUGGCCACUCCUUCCUUCUGACCUACUGUGCACUGGUCAUUGUGGAAGAGAUGGCUGUUCUACAGGAGGUCAAGAUGGACAGGAGCCACAACUUGUACUUCACCCUGACUUCCUUGAUCGUUGCCUUGGGCUGCUUGGUGUACAUCUGGGUGUGGAUGUUCCUCUGCACUGCUGUGUAUUUCCAUGACUUGUCCCAGAAAGUGUUUGGGACUCUGUUUGGCUUGGUGGGCUGGUAUGGAACAUAUAGGUUUUGGUAUUUGAAACCCAUUUCUCCUGGACUUCCUCCUCAGAGCUCCAGUCUGAAUUUGAAGCAAGAUAGUUACAAGAAAUAAAUGAAAGAAAAGGGGGGUACAAGAAGGUUAAAUUAUAUUCAUUUAUUUUGACUAGGUAUCUUUGCUUAAUUAUCAACCCUAUCUCACCUGACAGUUUUAGCAGGAACUGGGGCUGAAGGGUGGCCUGUGUGGAAUGUGUUCAUCCUCAUCCUAUUCUUGGCACAUGUGAGACACUUGAUGGUCUCACAGAAAGAGAAAAGAUGAAAAACAUCUUGCAGCCUUCUGAAAGAAGCUGUCUGAAAUCAUUUAAUGUAGGGCUAAUAGCUCUGCAGAUGAAUUGUACUGUUUAACCACAUUGACCUGGGCUUCUUCUGAUCUUGACCUGGGACUUCUCCUUUGAUUUUUAGGUCUUUGGAGGACCAGGAAUAAUAUACACUCUGAAGUUAAGUUAUGAUAAGAUGCAAGGGUUAGGGCCCCAGAAUUGUCUUUAUUUCCCCCCAACUCCUAGCUGCCAAUUGUCUUUUCAUUUGAGUGACUCUUAAUGUUAUUUAAAAGUUUGCCUUGGAUACUCAUUGUAUAAGUCUUUCAGGCUAGGAUCUUGCCUAUGGGUGGGGAGAAAGCCUGGAAAAACAAUCUCCUUGUAAUAUUUACAUUUCUUCAGUUGACUGUAAAUAUUGCAGCCAGAUUCUGAUUGACUGCCUUUUAAACUAGAGUGCCUUAAAGACAAAAGUAUUAGAUAAUUUUUGUGCACUCACUGAAAGUGAGUAAUUGUCUAUUUGGGUUCUGUUGAAACUAUGAAAAUGCUUGUUUCUUUGAGUAAAUUCUAUAUAGUUACUGGCAGUAACAAGGUGGUUGGUUAAAGCCAUAGACUUUACGUUCUUAAGGUUUACAACCCCUAAUUGUGUAUUUUGUUUUAAAUUUAAAUUGUUUUGUUUCCUGUCCUUUUUUUUCCUUUUUUUUCCUUUGAGUACUGACUUUUAAAAAACCAAAAAUUGUUGUUUGUGAUAUUAAAUAAGUUGCAGCUCAAAAAAUUGUAUAAAAUAGAAGGUAACUUAAUUUUAAGAGAGAUAUCAACUGAUUCAAAAUAAUCUUGCCAGAAUUAGUCUUUUUACUAAAAUUUCAUUUUUUUUUUGACUUUCAGUGAUAGAGUACCUUUUUCACAUAAAAAAACACACAAAUUAGGCUACUAUAUCUUAAAGUUUUCUGUUUCUGGAAAAAAAAAUCAUGAUAUGCUCUUUCAUUGAAAGGCAAUAUUUGCUCUUAUGAGUAGUGGCAAAAAGCUAGAAAAAUAUUCUAACUACAAGAUUUGUGUUCUAAUUCUGGUUCCUCCACCAGCUAGUUUUGUGACCUUUGGCAAAUCCUUUCCUUUUGGGGACCUUGAUUUCCUCAUCUGUAAGACAAAAGCAUUGAAGUAGAUCUCUUUGAAUCUUCUUUCAGUUUUUAAUUAAAUUUUAUUUUCAGAUCUUACAUUUUCUUCCUGCCACUUCCACAUAGUCCCUGACAAAGCAAGAAAAACAAAAUAAAUAUGUUACAAGCAUGUAUAGUCAAGCAAAACAAUUUCUCACAUUAGCCAUGUCAAAAAAAUUUUUUGAAAUCAGAAUACCUCUUUUUAUCAGUAGACAGAUGGUACUUUACCUUUCAGAAUUGUGGUUGGUCAUUUUAUUAAUCAUUUUCUAAACCUUUCACACCGAUUAGCUUUACAAUAUUGCUAUUGCUAUAUAAAUUAUUCUGGCACUGCUCACUUCACUCUGCAUCAGUACAUACAAGUCUUCCUGGGUUUCUCUGAAAUCAUCCCCUUCAUCAUUUCUCAUAGCACAAUAGUAUUACAUCUCAUAUGUAUCAUAACGUAUUCAGCCAUUCCCCAAUUGAGGGAUAUCCCUCCCUCCCAGUUUCUAAUUCAUUACUAUCAAAAAAAAAAAAAA